CCUCGCGCGGGCCCCUUGAGCAGCCGGGCGUGGCCGCCGCGAAGGCUAGCCGUGCGACGGCGCGGGCGGGGGUGCAGGCGGCCGCGGCGAUGUCGGACGCGCAGGACCUUCUUCGCCAAACCAUGUCCCGGCAAGAUGCGAGCGCCAACGCCUCCCCAUGGGUCGUUGCUUCCCGGCGAACCUCGAGGCCGGCAGAGGAGCCGAGCGGCAGAGCUGGCGGCUGGAGGGAGACCCCCGGCCGCCGGCAGUCUGCGGCCGCCGGUCUCUGGGAACCGCCGCUCUGCUUUGGGCUGAAGAGCGACUGGGUCGGCGCGGUGAUCGGUCAUGGUGGAUCAAAAAUAAGAGACAUCCAAAGUACAACAAACACCAAAAUACAAAUAAUAAAAGGGUAUCCCGAAGCAGAAGUCAAAAUUUUUGGCAGCAAGAUGAUGCAGACAAAAGCAAAAGCCGUGAUAGAUAAUCUUGUUAAAAAACAAGAAAAUUAUAAUUCAGAACCCAGAGUUGAUAUCGUUGCACUCCACCCUUCUGCUGGAAGGGGUGUAAGGGCAAAUGUCAGUGUUGUCACGGAAGAUCAGCCAUUGAUUGACUGGGAUCAAAUUCGAGAAGAAGGUUUGAAAUGGGAAAAAAAAAAGUGGGCAGAUUUGCCUCUAAUUAAGAAAAACUUUUACAUGGAGUCAGAAACAACAAGUUCAAUGUCACAAAUGCAAGUAGACAAUUGGAGGAAGGAAAAUUAUAAUAUAAUGUGUGAUGACCUGAAAGGUGGUGAGAAACGCCCUAUCCCCAACCCCACAUGUCAAUUUGAGGAUGCCUUUCAGUGUUAUCCUGAAGUUAUGGAAAACAUUCAAAAGGCAGGUUUUCAAAAGCCAACACCAAUUCAGUCACAGGCCUGGCCAAUAGUUCUACAAGGAAUAGAUCUUAUCGGAGUAGCCCAAACUGGAACAGGGAAGACACUGUCCUACUUAAUGCCUGGGUUUAUCCAUCUGGACUCUCAACCAAUAGCUAGAGAAAAAAGGAAUGGACCUGGCAUGUUAGUCCUCACACCCACUCGAGAAUUAGCUCUUCAAGUGGAAGCUGAAUGUUCUAAGUAUUCUUAUAAAGGUCUUAAAAGUGUUUGUAUAUAUGGUGGUGGAGAUAGAAAUGGACAAAUACAAGACCUGACAAAAGGUGUAGAUAUCAUUAUUGCAACUCCAGGAAGAUUGAACGAUCUGCAAAUGAAUAACUUUGUGAACCUGAAAAGUGUAACCUACUUGGUAUUAGAUGAAGCCGACAAGAUGCUGGACAUGGGAUUUGAACCCCAGAUAAUGAAGAUUUUGUUGGAUGUGCGCCCAGACAGGCAGACUGUUAUGACAAGUGCAACGUGGCCAUAUUCUGUCCGUCGACUCGCACAAUCUUAUUUGAAAGAGCCAAUGAUUGUAUAUGUUGGUACUCUGGACCUAGUUGCUGUGAGUACCGUGAAGCAGAAUAUAAUUGUCACCACAGAAGAAGAGAAACGAUCUCACAUCCAGACUUUCCUAGAGAGCAUGUCUCCCAAAGACAAAGUCAUAGUGUUUGUCAGCAGAAAAGCUGUUGCUGAUCACUUAUCAAGUGACCUCAUUCUCCAACAUAUAUCAGUGGAGUCUCUGCACGGCAACAGAGAGCAAAGCGAUCGAGAGAGAGCAUUAGAAAACUUUAAAACAGGUAAAGUGAGAAUACUGAUUGCUACUGACUUAGCAUCUCGAGGGCUUGACGUGCAUGAUGUCACACAUGUCUAUAAUUAUGAUUUUCCCCGGAACAUUGAAGAAUAUGUGCACAGGGUAGGGCGCACUGGAAGGGCAGGGAGAACUGGAGUGUCAAUUACCCUUCUCACUAGAAAUGAUUGGAGAGUUGCCAAUGAAUUAAUUAAUAUUCUGGAAAGAGCAAAUCAGAGUAUCCCAGAGGACCUUGUGUCAAUGGCUGAAAGAUACAAAGCAAAUAAACUGAAAAAAGAAAUGGAAAAAAAGUUGGGAAGACCCCAAGGAAAACCCAAGAAGUUUUAUUAAUGUCUGUGUUGAAGUGGUGCAAGCCGACUUACAGAAGAAUUCAAGAUUUUUUAGAGAUGUACUAUUUAAGAUAUAUGGAAGUAUUGGAAACAAGCUGUCAGUAUGAAGAAACUUGACUAAUUCUUAAAAUAAUGGUGUUUAAAAAUGUAGAAUUAAGUAUUUUAUACUUUCUUUAAUACAGUCAAGAGUAUUUAAACUUGAAUUUUUUUCCAUGGAUAUUAAGAAGUGUAGCAUUAAAAUUUUUUGACUUUUCAUUAUCUUUUUAUUUAAAAAACAUAUUUUGUCUCCUGUAAUUUUUCUGUAUUGAGGUCUCUAAAGGGUUUAAAGUUUGUUCAGAUGUUGUCGUGGCAGUGAAAAAGACACUGUUAACAAAAUAAAAUUUUUUCUAUGAUAAAAAGACAAGCUGAUCUCUGUCUUUCUGAAUAGCCCUUUAAUUUUGUGUUUGUUAAACAGUAUUUUAUUUGGGGGUAUUUUUCUUCAGUGAUUAAACUUUACCUACUUUGAAAUGAAACAGUAAAAGGAUUUCGUGGGACCAAAAUAUGCAAUAGCUGUUUCUUACAUUCUAGCCUAUAGUUGCAUGCUAAAAUAAAUCAUAGGAAAAUAAUUUCACUUCCAUGAAAGGUUUUUUGAUUAGUCACAUUCCCUAACUUCGCUUUACAGUUUUGUGUAGUUUUUUGCUCCAUACAUGAUAGUUACUUGUAUGUAUUACCAUUUAGUAUUUACAGAAGUAUUCAUAUUUGUAUAGUCAGGCCAUAAUCAUCUCAUCUUACAUUACUCAUUCAUGCAAUAAUAGUUUCCUGGUAUUAGUGAUAAGAUUGGUAAGAUAACAGAAAAGAAAUAAAGGUAAAAGCAGAAAUUAAUGAAUAAGAAAAUAAAAUAAAUCCUGCUACAAAACAUUAAACAAGAUGAGUUCUUCAACUCAUUCUAUGAAA